CAUGCUGGUAGGAGAGGAGGAGGAGAGAAGAAGAAGAAACGCCUCAGAGGCGACAAGAGAGUAAGGAAGCGGGGAAAGUUGUGAGAGGCGACCAGAUGGACCGGAGGAGGAAACACGGGUCUCCAAUGCGCUUUUAGGAGGGAUCAAUAAACAAAUAGAUGAAUCAAAGCUGGUGAUUGAAAGAAGACAGGGCGCGUCACCGCGGGUGCGUGGACGCGGACGUUAACAAGACAGCAGCGGCUGUGGGUCCCGUCUCCGUGUGGAUCUGGCUCCUCAUGCGCCGCGGCAACUUUUAGGGGGCCUCCGAGAGGAAAAAAGGAGGCGAAGAAGAAGCUUUGGAGGAAGGAAGAAGCUGAUCGAUAAGCUCCCGGGGAGUCCCGCGAGCGCAAGCCGGGGUUUAAGGCGUUGGCACCCGGGCAGGGGAGUCCCUCGUCAUGGCCGGGGCCAAGCCGGGAGUCCACGCUUUGCAGCUGAAACCCGUGAUCGUCCACGAAGAGCUGAAGAAGGGGAGCAAGUUCAUCAGAUGGGAAGAGGAUUCCACCAACGCUACACCCGUCCUGGGGACCCUGAAAGUCGACGAAAACGGGUUUUACCUGACGUGGAUAGCAGGGGGCCAACAGGAGACCGAAAUCAUCGACAUGUGGACAAUCUGUGACACAAGAAAAGGAAAGUACGCCAAGUCACCGAAGGAUCCUAAGUUACGGGAGAAGCUGUCCUAUGAAAAAGAGGGGUUGGAAUCCAAGCUGCUGACCAUCGUCUAUGGAGUAGACAUGGUGAACGUCUCAUUCAUGUGUUUGUUGGGUUUGGAUGAGAAAACCACACAGAUUUGGACAGAUGAGCUCUUCGACCUGGCGACCAACAUACUGUCCAGGAAUUCAUCGAGGAUCAGGCACCUUUACAAAGCGUACACUAAACUAAAGCUUCAUGGGAAUUCGGAUGGGAGGAUCCCUAUGAAGCACUUUAUGAAGUUGUUUUCUGAUAAGAAGAGGGUGGAGACUGCAAUGGAGCAGUGUAACCUAAACAACAACAAGUCUGAAAGUAUAAAAACUGAGGAUUUGACGUGGGAGGUUUUUCUAAAGUUCCUCGACAACUUGUGUAUCCGACCCGAACUGCAGAGCAUCUUUGAGGAAUGUGGUGCUCGGAGGAAACCGUUCAUCUCUCUCGACCAGUUCCUGGAAUUCCUCAACGACAAGCAGCGGGACUCCAGGCUGAACGAGGUGCUGUACCCCCCCCUGAAACGAGAUCAGGUCCGACAGGUCAUGGAGAAAUUUGAGAGCAACCUCAGCCAGCUGGAGAGAGACCAGCUCAGUUUGCAGGGUUUCAGUCGAUUCCUCAACAGUGAGGAAAACAAUAGCUUACCUCUAGAAAACCUUGACCUCUUUGAUGACAUGACCCAUCCGCUGGCUCACUACUUUAUAAACUCCUCUCACAACACAUACCUCACAGUGGGUCAGCUGACGGGCGCGUCAUCGGUGGAGAUGUACAGGCAGGUGCUGCUCACUGGCUGCCGCUGCAUUGAGCUGGACUGCUGGAAGGGCAAACCCCCAGACGAGGAGCCCUACAUCACCCACGGGUUCACCAUGACCACUGAGAUCCCAUUUAAGGAGGUGAUUGAAGCGAUAGCAGAAACCGCUUUCAAGGCUUCCCCUUACCCUCUCAUCCUGUCUUUUGAAAACCACGUCGACUCACCUAAGCAGCAGGCCAAGAUGGCAGAGUACUGCAGGACGAUUUUUGGGGACGCCUUGCUCAUUGAUCCACUGGAUAAAUAUCCGCUGGAACAAAAUAUCCCUCUUCCCUCACCACAAGAACUGAUGGGAAAGAUCCUGAUCAAAAACAAGAAGAAGCCUCACCUUGAGAAGACAACCGUACGGCGCAAAGAUCCCGUCCUGACCCAGCCGUCGCCCUCCCGUGAUUCCCCCCUCGCAGACACAGAGGGACAGAAGAUCCUGUCCAACGGCGAGCAAAAGCAGGCUGAGAAGAUGGCCAAAGACCCUGGGCAACGAGGAGAAGGAGAAAGUGAGGAGGAAGAGGACAAUGAGCCGCUGCCAGAGGGGAAAAAGGCCGCCAGUGAAGAGGGUACAGCCCUAAACGAAGUGUCCGCCACUGAGGAGAUGUCCAAUCUUGUCAACUACGUCCAGCCUGUUAAAUUCAAGGGCUUUGACAAUGCAUUGAGGAGGAGAAGGCACUAUGAGAUGUCUUCAUUUGUGGAAACCAAAGCCAUAGAAAUCCUGAAAACCUUCCCCUUUGAGUGUCUUACGUACAAUAAGAAGCAGAUGAGCCGGAUCUACCCCAAAGGAACGAGGGUAGACAGCUCUAACUACAUGCCUCAGCUCUUCUGGAACAUCGGAUGCCAGAUGGUGGCACUGAACUUUCAGACUCUUGACCUCCCUAUGCAGCUGAACAUGGGCGUAUUUGAGUAUAAUGGCCACAGCGGCUACCUGCUGAAGCCAGAGAUCAUGACGAGGGGGGACAAACAGUUUGACCCCUUUACGGAAGAAAUAGUGGAUGGGAUUGUUGCCAAUACAGUAACAAUUCGGAUAAUCUCAGGUCAGUUCCUGACAGAUAAAAAGGUUGGUGUAUAUGUGGAGGUCGACCUGUUUGGACUUCCACAAGAUACAAAGAGGAGGUGCAAAACCAAGACCUCCAAUGGGAACUCCAUGGACCCCGUGUGGGAAGAUGAGCGCUUUGUCUUCUACAAGGUGAUUCUCCCCUCACUGGCGUCUCUGAGGAUAUCUGCAUUUGAAGAAAACGGCAGGUUCAUCGGACACCGAAUUCUCCCAGUAUCUUCCCUCAAACGCGGCUACCGCUACAUCAACCUGAGGACUGAGUUUAACCAGCCACUAUUAGUGGCCUCUCUGCUGGUUUACACUGAAGCUAAGGACUAUGUCCCUAAUCAACACAUGGAAUACAUCGAGGCCCUGACCAACCCCAUCAAGCACAUCAACCAGUUGGACGCAAGAGAAAUGCAGCUUGCUGCUCUCUUGGAGGAAGCUGAGUCUGAAGACGAAUCCAGUGAGUCGCAGGAUAUUCCAGAUUCACUCCCUUCCCCUGAGCCGCCGCUUCCCAGCAGUCCUUUUGAAGAGACUCCUGACUGGCUUCCUCCACCAGUGCAAAGUCCUGCGGAGGAGGAUUUCAUAGUAGCCAUAGUCACAGAUGUCCCAAGUUUGUCUCUGGAGGAACUGAAGCAGAAUAAGAAUCUCACCAAGCUGAGAAAGAAACAAAUUAAAGACUUCAAUGAGCUGCAAAAGAAAAACCAAAAGAAGAUUCAGUCUGAAAGUCAAAAGAAGCGCACCACCAUUGAGAAAAACUUCAAGCGUAGCAUCAAGAAAGGUGAUUCCCAGGACAAGAUUGGAGACCUGGAGAAGCAGAAGGCCCAGCUCUGGGAGAAUAACAUGCAGGAGCUGCUGGAACUGCGACAGGGCCUUUAUCUGCAGGAAAAACAGAUGCAACUGCAGCACCUGGCAGAGGAGCACGAGAAGCUAAAACUGACGGUGACUGAAUAUCAAGAACUUCACACCAAGAAGCUCACAGACAUUUGCAGCAAGGAGAAGAAGGAGAUCCAAAAGGUCCUGGAAAGGAAGCGAAUACAGAGCCUUUUAGAAGCAAAGAAGAAAGAUCCUGACUUGAAAUUAUCUGAUUUCAACAAGAAACACAUAAACGAUUGUGUAGAGAUUUUUCGCAAGCUUGAGAAGUUGCAAAGCAUGAGAAAAGAGAAGUUCUUACUGAAGCAUCUGGAAAUGACGCAGCAGAUGGAAAGUCUGCUUACACAGCUUGAGUCGCAGCUGAAUGAAAAACUGGAGGAGGAGUACAGUCAGCUGCCGAGAGAGAUCAGUCAGCACCUUCCUUCGGACCUACAAAACAAAGGCGCCUGUAUGGGCUCCCCGUUGUCGGCUGUGCCCAAUCACAGCAGCCCCACCUCUGGCACGCCCUCCAACUGCUCCACGCCCUGGUUCCCGAGAUCGCUGGACAACAAUCAGGGCUCGCUGCAGGACUCCACGUCCUCCUCCACUACUCCUGCCCCGUCGGAGUCAGAACUUUCCUUCAACUAGACUUUUACAUUUUACAGAGAGAGAGAAAAAGACCGGGGUCGAACUUGAUCAUGUGUGGGGUAUAAAUGAUUAUGGAUUAUCUACUAAUUUUAUUCUUUUUUUAAAAGAAAUCACUGUUUUGUCCUUGUCUACAGAGCUGUAUUUUUUAUUUCGCUGUUUUUGACAAAUUUGUUAUUGAAAUCUUCAUUAGCGUCAUAAUCAAACCUUUCUUUUUUACACAUUUAAAACGAUGUUCUUGUUGAUUUAACCGUCUCUUUUAAUUUUUGUAUUCCUCCGUCUUGCAGCCAGUCAGAUUUGCUGCAUUAUGGCGACCCAGGGAAGCUGAAACUUAGUGUUUCAAACAUCUUUAACCUCUUUUUUAUACACAUAUUUUUCUGGAAAGCUUUAAAUUGUGUUGAACAAAGCAGCAUUUGACAUCUUACUGGUUCAGAUGUUAUCACCAUGGAUAGUUUUUAGACCCAAAUAUGUAAAAAAAUAUUCAAGCUAAAAUUAAGGGAUUUCUAUUUUUUAAUGGUUUUAAAUCUGAAUUUUUUUUUUACUGUAAUAGCAGAACCUGACCACUAGAUGGUGAUAGAGGCUUACCCUCUUCCUUCCUGCGGGAAUAUUCAGCACUCCAUGACCAUCUUCACCACAAUCUGCAGCCUAAUUGAUCGUCUUUCUGUUUUUAUUUUCUCUCUGAAUGGAAAUAUGUUUAAUCUGAAUGUUUUUAUCUCCUGUGUGUGCCAUGGCAGCCUGGAGGAGGACGUUACCUAAAUUAGCAGGACUACUGUGGAAUAAGCUGCACUAUGACAUCUUAAUGUAACUGAGACUCUGUUUCCAUCCUGCGGAUGUUGUUGUUGUUGUUUUAAGGCUGAUUUAACUCUUAAUUCCAUAACCUCGAUGCUUUAAAGCCGACAUAAGAAAAGUUUUAUGUAGAUUUUAUUUCUCCUAAAUGUUCCCCUAAUUAACUGUGGGACACAAAGUUAAUGGUACGUUGGGUCUGCUUCUACCAAAGCUUCCAGUUUUUCUGUAUUAUUUUUGUGAGUAUUUCCUCUUUGUCCACUCUGACUGGUGAAAUGAUGGUACUAUGUAUAGAUGAUCUGUGUAUAUGUGUAGCUGUACAUGAGUUUUACUACUGACUACUAAUGUUGGUGGGUGAUGGAGGUUAAAUUGGGGUGAGGGAAGAACCAAAACGAGUCUAAUUUUAUUUUUUUGGUUUUAUUUUUUUAAUAUUUAGGAAAUCCUGUUUGCUUUUUAUGAGCACUGGCUGCCUUCGUUUCUUCAUGACUCCUGUAAUUACAUAUCUGAUUGAGCGGAUUGUUGGCAUGGAUUCUUUGGAGGAAUGGGUUUACAUGGACCCUGCGUGAUGCGUUCAUUCAGCGGUUCUGACAUAUCCACACAGCUGCUAAACCUCCAGGUGUUUGGGGCUUAAAACACUGAGACUGUUAUAAAUCAGUUUUCUACCAUUAAUGUCACUGGAAUCCUAACCAAGUCAACGGAAAAUCAAAUGAAUCGGUUUUCUAAAAACAAUAGUUUGUUUUAAUUUAAUUAUAAAAUUACACCAUUAUAACUUUUUCAGACGACCACAUGGAUUUAAAAAAUAUUUUCCAUCUCCGUUUCAUCCAGUGAAGUCUUUCUUUUGUUGACUUGGAUGCAGGAUUGGACUUGAUGUAAAGUUGAAGAUACUAAUCAAUCAUCUCCAUCUUGAAGGUUUUGAGGCAGGACUUACUAGAACUUGGAUUUCCUUCACUUUGGCUAAAAUCAGACCCGUUUGAAGCGAUGUAAGCCCACAGCAUGCUGCAGCCACCACCCUGCUUCAUUGUAAUUGGUGACAUGAAUUUGUUUCUUUGCAAAACAAACAUUUUAGAGCUGUUUAUAGUUGGAUAUAUCUGGAUAUUUUGUUCAGAAGAAAAUGGAUCUGUUUCUCAACUCUUUAGUACAAAAAUAAGGAGAUUGCAUGGGUUCAUGUGAAAUUACUGCUGCUCCUCUUAACAGAUUUGUUAAAUUUUUAGUUGAUUUAUGCAAGAUGAAGGUGGGAAACAUCAUUGUCUCAAUGUUUUCAAGUCCUAAACACUGGAAUUGUAACAAGAAUUCAACAAGGAGCUACUGUUUACGUUCAGGGUUUUUUUUCUGUACAAUUCCAGUUUGCUCCUUUUUUUAACCUGUCAUAGCAGCUUUCACCUGCAGGGGUCAGUGUUUCCUUUGAAUGAAACCUCUUGAGCUUUACAGAUGAACAGAUGAUGAUUGUCAACGCUCUGCUCUGGACUCACAUGUGUGACUGUCAGCAUUCUAAACCAAAAAUGCCAACACAUUCCUCUCAGUCCGUUCGGAAAUGGAGCGUGGUUUAAAGUCAUCUUUCUGUUCUUUGGUGCGGACAGGAUUAUCAGGUACUCGCUCGUUUCGCUGUGGUUAAAAAGCACUUUUGGAUGUUUGUGAAACAUGUUCCCAAGAUGCAGGUUUCAUUGCAGUUACACCUGCUCCUUGUGCAAAGUAUCUGUAGCCUCCUGAAUACAUUUUAAGGAACUGA